AUGACUGUUUGCCGACCAGGGAAAGGAAUUUCCGUCGCACUCUAUCAAAAAUUAUGCAUUGACGAGAGUUUGCUUUUGUAUAAAGGGCGACUAUCCUUUAAACAAUAUAUUCCUUCGAAAAGAAGCAGAUUCGGCAUUAAAUCGUUUAUACUUAGUGAUUGCCGAACAGGGUUUGUGCAAGAUAUUAUUGUGUAUGCCGGAUCAUCGACCAAAGUCAAUAGCGAAAAUAAGGAAAUUGGGAAGUCGGGGGCAAUAGUGGAAACACUUAUGAAGCCCUACCUAGGAAAAGGCCAUACCCUGUUCGUAGAUAACUGGUAUUCCAAUAUGGUAAUCAGUACUGUCAGUUCAACGCGCAAAUCCCUAAAAUGGUACCGCCAUUUUUUUUUCCACUUAUUAGACAUAUGCGUGUGGAAUGCGUAUUGUCUGUAUAAACAUAAAAUCCAAGAAGCCAUUUCUAUGGCCAAGUUUCAGUUAGAAUUAAUCCGGGAAAUACUGGAAAAAUAUCAUAAGACUACUAAUUAUCAUCAGCGAACAGCCAAUAAUAAUCCAUUACGAUUAUUAGAGCGACAUUUUCCUUCACUCUAUGUACCAGUUAGAAAAAACCGAAAGAGAAGGUGCGUUGUCUGCAGCGCAAAUGACAAAAGACGUGAGUCUAGAUACGAAUGCCAAAAUUGUAAUGUAGGUUUCUGCGUCGACCCUUGUUUUAGAAUUUAUCAUUCUCAAUUAAAUUACUAA